UCCACAGAAUUAUCAUGGCGGGAUGCAUGAAAAUGAUAAACGGUUUUAUCUCAACAAAUGCUAGAUUAAUGGUUCUUUUGGUGCUUCUUAUUUGUUUACCUCAAAUCUCACAGCAGGAUACAGGUAACAAAUUUUUAGUACUUGAUCUGCGGGAUGGUGAGGAGCUUGUCAUGUCAGGACCCAACCGGUUCUGUUACAGAAACACCAUAUUGCCAACCUGGAGGCAAACCUGGACAAGAAUUCAGGUCAAAGUGUGGAGUUCAAAUGUGUUUAAGAUGGAAACCGUGGAAGGCGAGGAGGAGCUGCAGGAGCUCGAUCGCUUCAGUUUUUGGGGCUGGUUUCAGAGCCUGCUACGAGAGAAGCACAAUGAGACUGUGAUUAACAUCAGCCUGUUCAGCAAGAAGUCGUGCUUCAAGGUCGAUCCUACUGGGGAUACUAAAUACACUGUCAAACCCAUUCGCAAGUUUGAUAUUUAUCUAUUCUUGGUAUUCCUCGCUGGAGCAUUGCUGUUUUUCUUUGCAGGCUCACUCAGCAGGAGUCAAGCUUUCUUCUACUCUGCCGGUAUGAGUACAGGCAUGAUUGCCUCUCUCAUCAUCCUCUUUUUCAUUCUGGCACGCUUAUUACCAAAGAAAAGCCCCUUUUAUGUUUUAAUUGUUGGCGGCUGGUCAUUCUCUGUGUAUGCCAUCCAGCUUGUGUUCAGGAACCUCAGCAUAAUUCUCCGAGAGCACUGGCAUGUGGCAAUAGGCUAUGUAGCAGUGGUGGGAUUCAUCAGUUUUGCUGUGUGUUACCGUUACGGCCCUCUGGUUGAUGAGAAGAGCAUUAACAUCCUGUCAUGGACACUGCAGCUCUUUGGUCUGCUCCUGGUUUAUUUAGGAAUUCAGAUUCAGCAAGUUGCCAUCGCUAUAAUUGUGGCAGCUUUGUUUGCCAAAAAUCUGGAGUACCCAGUCUAUCUGGUGGUUGCUCUGUGGAGAAAAAUCAGGCAGUAUAUCCACUGGAAGCCACAGCCACGUCGCCUGCUGACUGAGGAGGAGUAUCAGAAGGAAGGCGAGGAAGAGACUCGGCAUGCUCUGGAGGAACUGCGGAAAUACUGUAACAGCCCAGAGUUCAGCCCGUGGAGGGCUGUGUCCAGGCUUCAGUCCCCAAAAAGGUUUGCUGAUUUUGUUGAAGGCUCCCCUCACUUAAUGCCUAAUGAGGUGUCCAUCCACGCCCAGGAAUACGGCUUUGGAGGAUCUUUUUUUGAGGACGAAUUGUUUGACACGGACGAUGAGGAUGAUGUUGAUGAUGAUACAAACUCUGUGACCAGACCAAAGUGAGACGGCGCAGUGUUGGAGACAUAAACACUUAUUACUGCCUUUCAGAAAGGUGAUGGGAGGACCAGCUCUGCAUGGCUGCCCAGACUGACUUUUAAAUGGCUUCUCUGGAGGCGGGUUAGCACAAUCCCUGAAUUCCAGGGUAACAAGAGUCAUUUUGUGUCACCACAGACAAAACUGUGAGGUCACUUUAGCUGUUGUUAAAAAUGCAAAAGCAAUGUACUGUCGAAGAAUGUGCACUAAAAUCAGACCUCUUCUUUUCAGGGAAUUAUGGUUUUUGUUGAGAGGUUAAAAGACUAAAAGCUGAGACCUGCAGGUUUCUUUGUGCUGAGUCGUGGCCCAGACAAGUUUUUAAUUUUCUAUAUAUAUUGUGUUUGCAGCCUUUUGGCUCUAUUUGGACUUUCUGCAGUGGUCUGCAAUGGGAUUAUACU